AUGAGCACAUCAAAUGUCGGCUCUCCCCUGCUCUCCCACGGAGGGGCCAUUCAGGCAGAGGUGUUGGCCAUCGUGGCUCUGAAAGGACAGUGGGAAGGUGACGUACAGUUACGUCACAUCCGCACCGAGACGGCCGGUAACCGGAGGGCGGGACCGAUAAAAGUCAACGUAAACACGCCCGGAGUUUUCUGCGCUCUUGCUUUGGUUUCAGCAUGCAAACCCCCAGCCUCGGCGGAUUCUUGCAGCGACCGGAAAAGUCAAGGGAGGCGUCAAGCUAGGCCGACGGAGAGCGGCUUCUGUCAUACACUUUUGCCUGGCACGUCGGCAAACGUGCCAUUGUACCUGUGCCUUAGAAACAAACAGCUCCUCAGUCAAAUAUGGAACUUAUCUUUUGCUCACAUAGGUGUUAAAGACCACAAGGUUGGUGCUGCCUUGCCUUUGGACGUCCUGACAUAUGAAGAGAAGACCUUAUCAGCCAUCUUGAGAAUAGGCAGCAGUGGUCUUGUCAAAUUGUGGAGCUCUUUGACCCUUUUAGGAUCCUAUCAAGGCAAAAAAUGUGCUUUCAGAGUGAUUCAGGUUUCUCCAUUUCUUCUUGCAUUAUCUGGUAAUAGUAGGGAACUAGUGCUAGACUGA